CACUCCCCCCCAACCCAAUACUCUCUCUCUCUCUCUCUCUCUCUGCUUCUGAUCACCGAACAAACCAAAAAUUUCGUCUCUCUCUCCUCUUCAUAAUCUAGGGUUCAUCGAUUUAUCUAUGCACACAAUGCACGUUGCUUUCUCUCUCUCUGCAUCCUUUGUUUAUCUUUAAUAGAGAGAGAGAGAGGUGACACCAUUGAUCACAGGAACGAACAGAGGAGGGCCGAAAGUAACGUUAUAUUUACGCUAAUAUUCAAUUCCAAGAUUUUAAUUUCAUUAUCUUCCUUCUUCUUCUCACCAUUCAUUUCCUUCGCCAUUGGAAGCUCCGCCUGAUGUAACCGAAUAUCAUGCUUUCACUUUCCCAGAUCAAAUCGUCCGAUCAAUCUAAGGAAGUGAUAUCUGUUAUUUCGGAUUGAAUUUUAAGAUAACAAAAUAGCCAUGUAUUCCGACCUGGUGGAAAUUGCACCAAGGGAACUCAAGUUCAUAUUUGAACCGAAGAAACAAAGCUCAUGCACUAUUCGACUAAUUAAUAAGUCCCAAAAUCAUGUUGCUUUUAAGGUCAAGACUACUAGUCCAAAGAAAUAUUGUGUUAGACCAAAUACAGGAAUUAUUAAGCCCAGAACAUCCUGUGAUUUUACAGUGACCAUGCAGGCACAAAAGGCACCUCCUCCUGAUAUGGCAUGCAAGGAUAAGUUCUUAGUUCAAUGCACAGUCGUGGCAGAGGAGACUGUUGAGGAGGAUAUUACAUCAGCCAUGUUUUCGAAAGAUGAUGGCAAAUAUGUUCAAGAAAAUAAGAUGAGAGUGAUCCUUGUCAGUCCACCCAGUUCACCUGUUUUAUCACCAAUCAAUGUAGUACACAGUGAUCUUCCAAGUUACAAAGAUUCACCACGAGAAGAUCAAGUAAAUGGUUAUGAAAAUAUCAGUUCACAGCUAGAAGGAGAUGUCAAUGGUGUACAUGACCACAAUGGAAGAUACGAAGAAUCGUUGACUAGAGAUCAAGUAAACCCCCUCGAUCAAAAUACACCGAAAGAACUGGAUGAGAAUGUAAAGGAGCUUAGAAAGGAAAAUGCCAACAUGCAAAUGGAGGGAAAGUAUGCGCAGUUGGAGACGAGGAAGCAUGAUGAAGAGGUGGAAUUAGUCGAGGAUGUUGCGAGCAUGAAGUCCAAAAUAAGUGAACUUGAACGAAAAUUAAGUGAGGCCAAAGACACCAUCUCAAGGCUAACAGAGGAGAAGAAAUUUACUGCUCAAGAAAGAGAGAGCCUACAAAGAGAAUUGGUCAUGUUGACAAGUAAGAAAGGCGGAAGAAAAGUCCGGGUCGGAUUUCCUCUCCUCUAUGUGGUUACUGUAGCCUUUAUUAGUAUGGUAUUUGGUUACCUUUUGCAUUACUGAUCGAAGCAUUUAAUACGCUAUGACUGAAAGGUUAUUAUGUCUAUAUCUAGAUAGACAGUUUUUCCUUCAUAAAGCCAUAUCUGUUCUUUCUAAAGCAGAACCUAUCUGUUCUAUCUAAAGCUGAGGAUCAGAUAUGUUGUUGUAUUGACUAGUAGAGUAUAUCAAGUGUUGUAAAUGUUGUUUUUAGAUGGAAUAAAGUGUAAUAAUCUCCGUCUACCACCUAAGCCUGCACCAUCCCAGCAGGGAGAGGAGUUGGAGUAUCUUUUUGCUGAAA